AUGAUUGCGCUCUCGAGUGCAACAGACAAGGCGAUGCGCGCCCAAGUGGCAGAGUCAAUAUCGCUUAUUGCUAGCGCCGACUUUCCUGAGCAGUGGCCAGACCUCAUCGAUAAACUCGUGUUCUCACUGUCAGAGAGCAACUAUGAGGUGAGCAUCGGCGUACUCGAGACCGCACACUCUAUCUUCCGGCCGUGGCGCGCGGAGGCACGCUCCGACGCGCUGUUUACCGUGAUCAACUACGUACUUUCGCGCUUCUCGCGCCCAUUCCUCCAGCUCUUCGUGCACACCGCCACGCAGCUGUUUGCCACGCCUCCACCGUCAAGCCUAGCGCUCAUUGCGCAGGCGCAAGUCAUCCUCGUGGACAUCUUCUACGACCUCACAUGUCAGGACCUCCCGCCAGACAUCGAGGACUCGCACGCCCAAUUUUUCGCGCCUGAUACUGGCCUGUUUCUACAGCUGCUGGCGUGGAACCCUCCAGAGCUGCAGGGUGACCCCGAAGAUACGACGCCCUCGCUACCAUCGCAAAUCAAGACAGGGCUUCUCGAGAUCUCGGAGCUGUAUGUGAAGUUGUACCCUGAGACACUGCAGAGCACUGCGUCCGUGGAGGCCAUCGUGCGUGGCAUCUGGGCGCUUGUGGGCGACGGCAGACGCACGAGCGUUGUGGAUGAUGGGCUCGUCUCGCAGUCUCUGCGUUUCAUCUCUACCGCCAUUCGCUCCGGGCACUACGCGCAGCUCUUUGGUUCGAAGGAGACGAUCUCGAGCCUCGUGCAGGGCAUUGUCGUUCCAAAUGUCGGUCUUCGAGACCACGAAAUCGAGCAGUUUGAAGAUGACCCGCUUGAGUACAUCCGCCUCGAUCUGGCGCUGCCUUCUCUCGGCGUCAUGGGUAUCAGCUCCGACGCCGUCACACGACGUCAGGCAGCCGCAGAGGUCCUCCGUGCGUUGGUAUCAUCUGGGUUCGAGGAUGAUACAACUGCGGUCGCCGGCGCGUGGAUUGGCGAGGGCCUGCACGAGUACGCCGCGAACAAGGCGGAGAACUGGCGCGCGAAAGAUACUGCUAUUUAUUUGAUGACCGCUGUUGCGACACGGGGGAGCACGACGCAGCAUGGUGUGACGUCGACGAACACCCUCGUUGAUGUGGUGCAGUUCUUCUCGAACCAUGUUUUCCAGGACCUUCAGGCGGACGCGAAUAGCGUACACCCGAUCCUCCAGGUGGAUGCUAUCCGUUUCCUCUACACCUUCCGGAAUCAGCUCAUCAAGCCGCAACUCCUCUCCGUUCUUCCUCUUCUCGUCCGCCACCUAGGUUCGGAAAACUACGUCUGCUACACGUACGCUGCGAUCAGUAUCGAGAGGAUCCUCUUCAUCAAGCAGGGUACACAGCUUUUGUUUUCGCAAGCCGAUGUUCAAGACAUAGCGCCGCCUCUACUCGAUGCGCUCCUGUCAAAAAUCGAGAAGGCCGGCACGCCGGAGAAGGUUGCCGAGAACGACUAUCUGAUGAAGUGUGUAAUGCGUGUCAUCAUCACUGCCCGCUCAACACUAGCGACUGGCUUUGAGCAAAUCCUCCAGCGUCUAGUCGGGAUCUUGGGUGUGAUCUCAAAGAACCCGAGCAACCCGAACUUUGACCAGUAUAUCUUCGAAAGUUUGUCCGCAUUGAUGAGAUUUGUUGUGGCCGCCAACCCUAGCACACUACCUAGGUUCGAAGAGACACUCUUCGGCCCAUUCACGAUAAUCCUGCAGCAGGACAUCGACCAAUACAUCCCCUACGUCUUCCAAGUCCUCGCGCAAAUGCUUGACCUGCACACGGACGAUGUGCCGGUAGCAUAUCGCAGUCUUGUACCAUUCCUGUUGACGCCUGCAAGUUGGCAGCAAAAAGGCAGCAUUCCAGGUCUCGUUAAGCUAUUGAAGGUAUUCCUUUCACGCGACACAAAACAGAUGGUCUCUUCAGGCCAGUAUACGGCUGUGCUUGCGGUCGUACAACAACGCUUGAUACCGUCAAAGUUGAACGAUGCUUGGGGCUUUGAGCUUCUGCAGGCGGUCGUACAACACGUUCCUCCAGCGGACCUGAAGCAAUAUUUCCGUGCCAUCCUUGUCACACUUCUGAACCGCUUACAGACGAGCAAGACCGACAAAUAUGUGUACCUCUUUGUAAAUUUCCUCGCCUUCACCAUGGCCAUUCCGGUAGAGGGACUCGCACCUGACUACGUCGUCAGCACAUUCGAAGAAAUUCAGCCUCAGCUAUGGUCGCAAAUCUUGACUAACUUCGUCAUUCCUGAGGCACCCAAAAUGCUACCAAAAGAUCGCAAGGUUAUCGUCGUAGGCCUGACACGGCUAUUAACACAAAGCACAAUCAUGCUUCAGGAACCGACAGUGCGGGCAUGGCCUCAGACCUUCACGACCCUGGUGAAGCUCUUCCUGGAACCUCAAUAUCUGACGAAGAAAGAAGGUGAGGAGGAUCCGUACGCCGGUAUCACCGCGAUCGACUACGAGGAGCAGACGGCGGGGUAUCAGGCUGCGUACUCCCGCCUAGCCGCGUCGGAGAGUGCGCCCGUCGACCCCGUCGCACACGUUCGUGACCCGCGAGAGUACCUUGGCCAGGAACUCGCCAACCUGUCUAAGAGGGAUGCGCGGCUAAAGACGUUGGUUAGAAGGUGCGACGUGACAGUCGUGGGCCCAUUCGUGCAAUCGCUGGAGGCGGCGGGAUAUGGUUUGUAG